CAUAGAAAGUUUAACAAUGGAUGCUGGCAGGCCAGGAAUAGUUGCUUUAGAUAAUCUUAUAUUUUCUGAGCAAUAUGARAYCAAAUGUCCUCCAUUACAGGCUCCUGUCGAUGGCUUUAUGAAUUGUACAUUGGGUAAUCAAGUAAAUAGCACAUGUCAAUUCAAAUGUAAAGACGUUCGUCACGUAAUUGGAUCAUCCARUCGAAGAUGUCUUCCAACAGGAAUGUGGUCUGAGCUUAACGUGCUCUGUGAUGGACCAAGAAUGCGCUUAAGGAAUUUCAAGAUAAAUAAAUCACCACAAGAAGGAGAAGUUCAGAUGCUGGUCAAUGGUUAUUGGGCAUCGGUCUGUAGAGGCUCAUCAGAAGACAAUCAUAUUUCCAGUGUGCUUUGUCGAUCACUUGCUAUGGGAAGCAAGGGGAUUUCUAUCGAGAAAUUCCCAAAUAAGAAGCUGAACACUGCUUGGGUGGUCAUCAACAGAUGCAGUGGUAGUGAGCASAACAUUCUUGAUUGUGAGAGAUCAGACAUAGGAAGACAUACCUGUGCAAGCAGUCAAGUGCUCAACUUAAUUUGUGGGAAUGCGUCAUGUCCUGCCAACUGCAGCUGCACUUCCAAGGACUUCUCCCAUAAAGUAGAAUGUGGACCUCCAGCAACUGUUCGCCUGCUGCAAGACCUUCCCUAUUAUACUACAGAAUUGAUUUUACGAAACAUUGAUUUGAGCAACAUUAACAGUUAUUCCUUUGACCAUCUUCCCUUAUUGACCUCCUUAUCACUUACUAAUACAAAUAUAAAGAAAAUCGAGGCAUUUGUGUUAAAGGAGCAAAUAACACUUAAGGAUAUAAUCAUUCAGAAAAACAAAGUAAGUAAUCUUGCUGAUAUUCGUCUGGACGAMUUGAAGCUCAUUAAACUAGGGGAUUUAAACUAAGUAUCUGCGCAGAUAUGGUUGAUAUAUCACAGGGCGUAAUGUUUCGUCAUUAAUUAAGACCACGCGCCCAAGAUGAAAAAGUAUAUUGAGAUCAUUUGGGAACCACUACGAAUAUAUGUAUUUGCCAAUCUCGUAGUUUUGGCUAAAAUUCAUCUUCGGAAAAUAGUAACGAAGAAAGUAACCAYCUACUAUCUAUUCAUGACAGCAUCUUCUUGAACAACAUUCCUUCAGCU